AUGGCUCAAUUCACUACAACAACCGUUACUUAUCCGCUAGCAAAAUAUUCGCGAUCAUAUCCUACGAGCUCAUCAUCCUCUCAGAACCCUGCUACAGAUGCAGAAUGGCAACAUUUCGUCCACCCCGUUAUUAACCUCUACUUGGACGUGAAGAAAUCUUCCGCAGGAAAUCUUGUUUCUGUCCGCCUUCGAAUUGUAUGGAAUUUUGACAGCAGCAUUAAUAACAAGGACGACGAUCAAAGAGAGAUCACACUUGAGGAUCUUGAUUUGCUCUCCUUCUCGUCGAUCUCAAACUCGAGGACGAAUCCUGGGCAACCCGACCAUGGUCUUCCUCUCAAAGCUGUCUAUCGAGAUACUGUUGUUGGAAUUCGCUAUCUGCACCCGAGAACAGUAGACUCGACCUGUCAACCAGUAUAUCGGCGCUUUCAGAUCACAUUUACCACUACAGCGAGCGCAGCUCAGUUUAUCGAUGCCGUCCGACCUGUUUGUCCUUGUAGAUUGAAUCCACAGCCGCAGCCUCUGGUCACUCGUAUCCCUACUGUAGCUACGACAGGCCUUCUUGACGACAUUUCCCGUCGAGGUACUAUGCUCCCAACUGUUUCACAAGCUCGGCCGUCAAUUGGCGGAACUCCCCUCAGGCCAGCGCCGACUACACUUCUUUCAGAAAAUCCAUCAUCCGAAUCCGAUUUACCGGCAUUCGCACCAUCGACGCCGGUUAGGUUCACACCUGUGGUUCUGAGCAGCAGUUCUACGAAAACGACAUCCGUGGCUGCAUCCUCUCACGAUAGUACCUUCGUUACGCCUCCAGAAACACCUCGAAUGACUAUCCCAAAGUCCAGCCAAUGCCAAGCGCCGUCUGGCUCCAUCAACUCUACCUUACCUGAUUCUUCCCAGCCAUCCUCAUCUAUUCGUAGUAGUUCAAACACGAUGCCCCCGCCUCCACUGCCUUCGAGCGUCACACGAUCUCUUCAAUCGGAAAGUCGACCAUUAGAAGGUCGUAAUUCAACUCGGGCCCAGCUUGUUGCAUCACUGCAUGACACUCCGGCCCUUCACAAGCUAUCCCAUGCAGAGUUAGAAUCCAUCGUAGCACAAGUCAUCAGAGAGGAAGGGUUUGCCCAACUACUUGCUUCCUUAGACACUAUGUGGAGAGUGAAGGGUUUUCUUGGUCAAUGA